AUGGUUACUACACGACGAGGCGAAGUUGCGCCCGAACUUGCGAGCGGAAAGCGCAAGGCCAGCAAGGCCGACGAGCAGCAGACCAAGCGGAGAAGAAGGAGUGAUCCCAAAGCUACGGAAACCGAGGAUGCUAGCGAUAUUCCCGCGACAGCCAACGUGAACGGAGAGAAAGCGCCCGUGGAUAAGAAGAACCACUUCCGUUUUGACAGCGAAGAACCCGAGAUCCCUGAGACACUACCUGAAGAAAUCUCAGAAGAACCGAAUCAGGAGGAUGAUGAUGAGGAUAGCGAUGACGAUGCGCCAGAGGCUAUUGAUAACUCUGCCCAGCUCUUGAAAAUGAAGGAGCAGGCCAAGAAGCGAGAGACCGCGAAGCAAUUAGAAGAACAACUGAAGAAAGAGAAGCGACGGAAACUGGACGAGCGCCGCAAGUUGCAAGCCAAGACUAUCGUAAAGCCCAAGGAGUCUUCCGAUGAUCUGCUCUCUGAGAGCACAGCUACCAUUCAAGGCACAACUACGCAAGAUGCACGACGGGCUGCUCUUCCUGCUUUGCUUCCCGAUGACAUCCUGAACGCCGAGCCCGCCAUUCGCCCUCCCACACCCCCAGCCGAUGAAUUCGCAAUGCCGAAGAAGUCAAAUAAGCUGAGAUUCCUGGAUAAGAAGGACAAAAUUCCCAAGGAUGUCAAUAUGGGAGAUGUCUCGAUUCGGGUGCUUGAUGCGCCCUCCACCAAGAAGAGCUCGAAACCUGCCUUGGCCCCCAGGGUUUCCAAGGCCGGAAAGAACCUCAAGGGCAGCAUGCUGCAGAUGACUCGUAACUCAGCACAAGGCAACGGGCUCCGGAAGAAAGCAAGUGGACCCUCUGGAUUUGUUCGCCGUUGA